AUGGAAUCAGUUUGUACAGGCUUGAAUGAGCUUUCAGGAAGCUGUUCUUCAUAUUCUACUUCCUCUCAUAGGUACAAGGUGCUUAAUGCCAGUGCUAUCCCAGAGGGACAAUUCAUUGAUAGCAAGAAGGCUUCUGAGAAGCUCCUCGGAUCUAUUGAUGUGGAUCACACCCAAUACAAAUUUGGUCACACCAAGGUGUUCUUCAAAGCUGGGCUGCUGGGACUGCUGGAGGAGAUGAGGGAUGAGAAGCUGGCACAGCUCAUCACUCGCACACAGGCUAGGUGCAGAGGCUUCCUGAUGAGAGUGGAGUUCCAGAAAAUGAUGGAGAGGAGGGACUCUAUAUUCUGUAUCCAGUACAAUAUACGUGCAUUCAUGAAUGUUAAACACUGGCCCUGGAUGAAGCUGUUCUUCAAGAUCAAGCCCUUGCUGAAGAGUGCAGAAUCUGAGAAGGAGAUGGCAAACAUGAAGGAAGAGUUUGAGAAAACCAAGGAAGAGCUUGCAAAGUCCGAGGCAAAGAGAAAGGAGCUGGAGGAGAAAAUGGUUUCCCUGCUUCAGGAGAAAAAUGAUCUACAGCUCCAAGUGCAGGCAGUGAGUGUUGCUAAUGCUUUUGGCUCAUAAUGCCCCAUGUAAAAUAAUCCAUAUAUCUUGGUAACAGACACAUUAUUACAAACCAGUAUUAUUUUGAACAACAUAUAAAGAAUAAAAUAGGAAGGAAAAACAUAGAAAAGCUAAGCUGGAAUAAAUAAAUAUUAAGAAAUUUUCAAGUCGUUAUUGCAGCUUGUUCCAUGCACUUUUAAAUCAAGAGAGAGCUAAUCCAUUUCCAGUUAGUAAACCUUACUGCUUAUAGUAUAUUGUUUUAAAUCAUAUAUGACAACUUAGAGCAGCAAUUAUUAUGUCUUUAUGUAACCUUAUUUACUAUAUAAUUUUGAUAUGUUAUCAUCUGAUGAAUGAAGUUAGUCUGGAUGUCCAACUGAUACCCUGAUUUGGGGAAUUACAAAUGGAUUCUAUUGGAGUAAGUAAGAGGAGCUGGAGCGGAAGGUAUUUCUACAGCAUUUCUCAUUCCUGCCUCUUCACCAAAAACAGUGAUGAAAGUGGGGAAAGCUAAUACUUUCUCCAUGGAAAGGCAGGGAGAAGAAAGUAGUGAAAAUCAACUGCAUCUUGAUUUUCUCAAUUACAGGAAGUUACAUGUCAGAUAAAUAUAUCUAGGUGAGAUAAAACCCAGACUAGCCAUCUUGCUGAGCCAUAGGAAGCCUUCUGCCUGGAUGGCAUCUCUGCUCUUUGUUAGAACCAUAAGGAAAAGAACAUGGAGUACAAAGAAAAUAAAGGUUACUUCUCCAAGGACUUCAAAGUUUCCAUGUUAGAAUGCCGGCAAAUUAGGGCAAUUUGUACUGGCUAAACACCAGUCUCCUUUCCAAACUGUUCUUCCUGACCACAACGGCUACACAUAUGUCUGAUGCAGUUGAUGCCUUUGGAACAGUGAUCUUAACACAAAAUUUUCCCCAAACUAAAAAAUUUGUAUUAAAGA